AUGUUCAUAGUGCUUGUGUGCGUAUGUCUCGUCAUCACCUUCCUUUGCUGUCUGCAUCACUGGGACAGCAAAAGAAUGGACCCAGCAAGCACCCUCUCCAUAAAAACUGCAGUCGUUCAUCAUUCGGGCCACGCGCAACAUCAACUUCAACUGCAUUUAAAACAUCAACAACAGAAAGAGAUAACAAAAGUACAAAAAAUUGAACAGAGACAACACCAAUUAGAGAAACAUUUGCAGCGACAACCAUUCGAUAAUUUUUCCACUAAUUAUUCUGAACAUUGCGGUGAAUUCAACUCAACAAAAUAUUCCACUCCCCAUUUUACUGAUCCUCAUCAGCCACCCAAAACACCUCAAAACAAAUGCUGGAUACCAGCGUGUGAAAUGUGUUGUGAGGCUACACAAAUAUGCGCACCCGAUCAUCCACCUCUGUCUCUCCAAAAGAAAAAAAAUUUAACAAAACAGAAAGUUGUUAGUUCAACAAAUAUAGUGAGAAAGAAAAUAAAUAAGUGGUUGAAGAGCAAUCGAAGCACAAAAGUGAAUGGUUCAUUGGUUGAUCCAACAGAAAACAGGAUGUCGGGUCUAACUACCGUCAGUUUGAAAUACGGCCAAGAAGACAAGAACAAUGUAUUCUAUCUAUCCCCGUUCAAUUAA